AGCAGUGAACUCCACGUGCUGAGGGAACUGAGGGAAGCGUUCUUCGUGAACUGCAUCUUGAAAAUGGUGUCUUUUAUUUGCAAUGCGUGUGGACAAACCGUCAGGAAAGCUCAGGUGGAAAAACAUUAUCAAAACGAGUGCCAUAAUUGUAAUGUUUUGUCGUGUAUUGAUUGUGGAAAGGACUUUCAUGGUGACGAGUAUACUGGCCAUACUUCUUGCAUCACAGAGGCAGAAAAGUAUCAAGGAAAAUUGUAUAAACCAAAAGAUAAGCAGAACAAAGGCGAACACAAGCAGCAGGAAUGGCUUAAGGUGAUAAAAAGCUAUAGAAGUUUGGUUAUUAAAUAAGGAAGCCACAUUUGCGUUCUAGUUUUUAGGGGGAGUAUCAGUACCUGCGCGCCAGUUUUUUUCUCCUAUUUCGCAGGGGAGCGCGCUCCCUUUGGUCACACGUGCGAUCCAAAUAGAGAUGGCUGGGGAUGAGUCAGGGGAAUCAGGCACAAAUCACUCUAGUAUCCCACACAGACAUGUAUUUCAAUGUGUUUACGAGGUUAAUGCUGUAUUACAUUUAAAAAAACUGUUCAUCCAAACUGUGUCUAAUAUUUCCUUGAAUUGAGCUGUAGAGAAAACUUUCUAUUAAAUACAAACAUUGAAAGGAACUCUUUCAAUGUAGGUCAUGUAAUACCCAUUGCUUUCAAUGGGCCAUUCCUGAGUUCUUGAGACUCUCACUCUCAAAAUGAGUCUAAUUGCAAAACCUUUGUUGUGAAAGUGAGUUUUAUUUGCAUGAGAAUAAAAAAAUAUUUUUAUGUCAAUGGCUUUGCACUUAGCCUUGCUAUGAAACAGAGGCUUAAGGCAACUCAGAAAUAGCGUAUUCACAAAUUAUAUAAUUUAUUAUUUAUGUACCACUUUCACUGCAUUAUGUUCUACGUCCCUGCAGGGCUCGACGUUGCGACCUGUGGGGUCGCCAAUGCGACCAGCUUUUACACAGUGGCGACUAAAUUUUCACGCUUGGCGCCAACCUGGCCCCCAAGAUAGCUGACUUUCUUCUCUGGGAAAACAUACACUAAUGAUAAUCUAUUGUCCUUCACAAAAGUAACAGAUAGCUAACAGUUUUUCUAAUGCUCGAACGUUUUUCUCAAACACUCUAACGGUUUGUCCAAAGCCUGUAAUGAUUUGCCUAAAUGCUUUAAAGAUUUCUUCUAACAAUCUAACGGAUUGUUCUAAAGAUCUAAUGGUUGGUCCGUCUAACAUUUGACUUUUACUUGAAAGAGAAUUAUGAAAAUCACUAGCGAUGAAUUCGAUGGAAGUCUUAUCGACUUUCGGGCAAAUCGAUCAAUUCUUAACGGGUCGUCCUGUGUUUCUCUGGGAAUGACUUCUAGUGCAUCGAUCAAAAACAAUUUCUUUACGUCGAACAUGUAUCUCGAAUGCGGACUCGAUAGCAGAAUCGAGAAUCAACGGCGCUUACUUCUGAAGCUUCUUGUAAACAACUUUAUGCAAAUUUCUGUUGAGCAUGCGACCCAAAUAAAAGCUCUGCUAUAUUUUAUUGACUUCUAAUGAAGUACCGUUGAAGUCAUGCUGUUUGUCGAACAGACUUGUCACUCAAUCAACUUCUUUGUGCGAAAACAUUAGCGACAUUUCCUCUUUCUGGAGACUUUGGAUCUUGUGCUAGGCAACAAAAUAGAUCAAGUUUUACCGAUGUUCAUUUCUGAACAUGCAAAUACAUGGGACGCAAAACAAAUGUUUGCAGAUUUUGUUCUUUAAUAACCCAAAUAAGUUUUUUUGUGAUUCCUAUUUAGUUUGUUUAUCUAAAUGCGUAUUCCAUUUCUUGAACCUUAAGCUUGAAUACCUGUUUGAGUAGAUUUAUGCUUGACUGCAGGCUAAUUUUCCCGAACACUGGCUGGUAAUCAAGCCUCGAGCAAAAACCGUUUAUAAAGCAUUCUUUUUCUGUUAAGGCUAAGUAAAAUAUGUUAAGUUUAUUGUAUCCAAUUAAUUCUUAAAUAUAAUUUUUGGUGACUAGAAUACUUGUUCUGGCGACCAAAAAUGAAAACUUGGGGGCCAGCUGGCCCUGAGAUUUUUUCUGAAAGUUGAGCACUGCCCUGUAAUGAUGACUUAACUUAGGACACCUAAUGAUCACCUCAUAGAGGAUGAUUAUAAACAAGUUACUGAGUCUGAACAGGGAAAAAUAAUCUAUGCAUGUAGUUCUUCAUUAUAGAGUACACUGUAAAGAUAUGCCUGGUCACUUCAGACAGUAUACAUGUACAUGUAUUUCAACAACUUGUGAUUUGUGUGUUUGCAGCAAAUCAGAGAGGCAACAAAAACAGAUGUAGUUGAACCUCGACUUGCUGCCUUGCUAGACAGAAUCAGUGAAUAUUCUAAUAUUCCAAGAAAGAAAGGCAAAUUCCAAGUAAGUGUCAAUGUGAUUGAUGUUGGUGCUCAAAAUGGAGCCUGACGGAUUUCUCUGGACUUGACAGGGUUGAAUGGCAUUCCUAUCUUUCUUAACUAACUUAGCAAAAAAAUGCCAUUAAUUUAUUUAUCCACAAUGUGUGAACAGCCAAGGACAAAAGAUUUUGUACUUUUAGGGAGCUCUCAACAUAAUUAAUAGAACCUUGCUAUAUUAUUUCGAUUUUACAUAUGCAUUGUAUCAGGUUCUUCAUUAAACUUAAUUAUAAUAUUAUUAUUAUUAUUAAAUGAUAAUUUUCUUGAAUUUCAUAGUACUGUGGAAUGAAGAAAUAAUUGCAAAUGAGGUCUUUGCAGUUUAAGACACAACUUAUGCCGCUGCAAAAAGAAAGCCAUUUUCCUUUGUUUUAAACUCAUUACUUUAAUUCCCACAUACAGUUAGUAGGCACUGUAAGAAUAAUUAACUUUGAUGAGAAAAUACCUGUUAUGAUGACUUAACUUGGAGACCUUAUGAUCAAAUCACAAACAAUGAUUACAACCAACUUAUUAUGUCUGAACAGGUAGUGGAUCCUUAAAUAAUGAUUGUUAAAAAAUAAUUAUGUGUGAUAAUAAUAUUAGGAUUUUACAUUAAUUUGUAAAACUCAUGCAGUACUCCACUGUACUUUUAUGCACAGUUCACCUGGAGCUGUACAUUAAUUUCGUAACCUUACAGCUCAGUGUCACAAUUGCAUGUGAAUAGUUCCACCUCUUUCAUGGGGGAGUCAUCUGUGUUUUUGCCUUAUAACUUCCAUACUGAUGCUGUGUAUGUAAUAAUCUGGUUGUCUUGGGUUUCCUGAUGUAAAUUUGUUCAAGGUUCUUUUCAUUCUUGUCACUCAUGUUGUAACCUUUUGGGUUUUGUUGCCAAUUUAGGACCAAGUGUUUCUUGUAAAGUAAAAAAUUUUCCUAGAAAAUGAGUUUCUCUUGGUAGAGUCCAAAGCUCAUUGCAGUUUGAUUUUUGUGAUAUUUUGUCUUUUGGCUGUCAUUUCUAAACAAUAGCUAAAAGAAUGCAAUAUCGUUAUACUUCAUCAGUUAGUGGCAGGGCCUGACCAGAUUCUGGACAGAUUUAAAUGUGCAUCAUCAGUAUGGAAUUUUUGGGGCCAUCGUAAAAAUGGGACCUCAGUUGUUUUGAUGGAAAUAAUAGUUAUCACUCAAGUGAACUCCUUUUGUGCCAAGAAGCUACUGGUAUUUCUAACUCUAGAAAUUGACUCAACAGAAUUUUUGCAGAAAUAGUAUCAAUGUGCGAGAUGUUACAACUCUGGACAAACUAUGGGAUAUUUUUUCAUCAAGGUCAAAGGUAAGAAAAGCCUGCAUGUACAGUGGGUGUAGCAAUAUUUUUAAGCCUAAGGAAACAUACAGAGCCCUCCUACCCAUCUUGGUCCCUGUAUUGGUUUUAGUAAAAGAUGCCAUGUACAGCUGUACCAUAAAUCCUUAUGGUACAUAAAUUAAGUGAAGAUGGUAACAUUUUGCCUUAAAAACUAGAACACAAAGUGGAAAAGCUCAUGCACACGAAGUUGGAGGUGACCAUGCAGCCAAAGAAAAAAGCAAAUUCAAACUUCUGGCACGUGAAUAAACCAUCCCAGAUUAAUCCAUGUGCGUUGUUUCAGUCAUGUUUAAUUAAUACAGUCUAUCAAUGUUAUAAGAACAAGUGGGGAAGGAGAGGGGGAGGAACUUAAUAACCUUCUUCCCCUGAAAAGAAGAGGAGGGAUGCUUAUUAGAGGAAUUAUGGUACAUGUAAGUAAGAACUGUCUCUUGGAAGUGAUGUAUUGAUGGUGAAGUGAUGCAUCAGCUGUCAUUAAUGCCAUAUGUAUCAGUGCGCUCGGUAUUUUUUUAACAAAAUUAACAGUGGAAAUAAUGAUUUUUGUGUUCUUGGAACUAUACAUCUUUUCUACGUGAUGAAGUUAAAAGAAGAACCAAAGUACCAUAUUACACACUUGCCAUAUUUUUAUUGUGACACUGGACAGACCAAUCAGAGAAGUUAGAUUAAGUGUAGAGUGUGUCUCCAGCAGGGCCUAUGUGUUGAGAUGCCUUUUAAAACCUGGCUUCUUCAUUUUUUCGUUGUAUUAAAUAUAAUUGUGUAGGCUUCAUGGUGGCUCAGUGGCUAACACUUACUUACAACAUUUUUGUUUUCAUCUCAGCAAAGCCCACAACAAGAUGAAACCAGUUGUAGUAGUAAUGGUAUACAUGAAAAUGGAAAAAGUGGACUAACAUCUCCGCUUGAAGAAAAUGUGGACGUUAAUAUAAUAUGUGGAGAGGAAAUACGGGACAAUGAAGAGAACAAAGAACUUGAACAAAAAUCAGAGGACUGUAGUAAUGCUAAACAUUUGAAGAAACAUAAGAAAGGUGAAAAAAUGAAGGACAAUGAUAUUAUACAUGAAAUAGGAUCAGAAUUCAAAGGAAGGAAAAAUAAAAAGGGUUUGAAAGAAAAUACAGAGGUAGAUGGACUGAAAGAAUAUAAAAAGCAAAAGAAAAAGAGAAGAAGGGAAGAGGAAGAAAUAGGUAGGUAUUAAAGUUUGUAUUUGUACAAUUUAUUUGUCAUAGAUGUUGUAUUUUGCCUGUGCAGAUAGGCCUUGUAGCCCUAUCCCACAGACAGUUGUUGAAAACCACAACAUCUGUUUUCCAACUCAAAGCACCUAUCAACCCUGUUAUGAUGACUUAACUUAGGACACCUAUGAUCACCUCAAAGAGGAUGAUUUCGAGCAAGUGAACAGGUCUGAGCAGGGAAGGAAAUAAGGUGUAAUAUUAGUUUUUUUUAAUACUUGUGAAUUUCCCCCAAACGUUGUCUUGACAAUCAGGCAAGUUAAGAACUGAAUUCACUAGCCUGAUAGUUAAAUGUCCAUUACCUUCGGGCUAUCAAACACUUCAUGUCCUUUCUUUGAAUGCUGGGGACCACAGAAAUGUGGUGGCAUCAACAAUGCAGUAUUUUAUGCUAGAGCAGGAAGUGUGAGGUGUUGUUGCAAGUCAGGGUUCUGCAUUAACAGUGCUUAAAUCCUCAAGUGAAGUCAAAUACCAGUACUGAAAAUCAAUCUACUGUAUGAUCUCAAUAGGCUAUUUAAGGACGUCUGGAUUAUCUGGAUGUCUCUCUUAGAUUAUCCACUAAUGGUCCGUUCUGGGCAUUCAGAUAGUGAAGUGUGGAACGAGUCAGAGAGCAGGAAAAAAAUUGAGAAAGAAGAUGCUCUCACUACCUACCUUACAUUUUACCCCUCACUGUUUUUCCUUCUUGCAUCUCUUUACACCAUCCUCACAAUCUGAAUCCUUGGAAAAGGCUUGUCCACUGACUACAUGUACUUGGUUGUUUGAUUACAAAUCACAGAUGAACCCUACACACAGGCCAAAGUUACAAAAGUAACUGUUGAAGCAGAAGAUGCCAAAGAACAGCUAUGUAAGUAUUUUGAUUCAUGUUUGCUUCCCCUGGCACCAACUUGGCUGAAGUUGUCUUUCAUUGAUGAGGAUUUGUAAAACGAAACACAAUUACCAUGACCUUCAUGCAGCCCUUUGUGUUUAGAAAGGAUACUCUGAAAGUCUCAUGGGAAAGCUUGAAACUCCACAAAGUCUCAAAGAAACUCGAAACUCCGCAAAGAGUUCCGAGAUUCCACUUGAAGCUCUCAAAGAAACUCAAAACUCCUCAAAGAGUUCCGAGAUUCCACUCAAAGCUCGAAACUCCUUCCUGCUCGAAGGGAAGAGGAGAAUGCAUAAGUUAUGUAAUUUUGACAUAAAUGUAUCUCCUCCACACUUCAACCUUACUUCUGCCCUUGAAGUGGAGGACAAAUACAAAACUGAAGUGGAAGAGAAACUUAGAUAGUGUUAUAAAAAAAAAAAAUUGCCAAAAAUAUUAAACAUAAUUACCAGCAGAUUUUUUUUGUGUAUUUGAGAAACAAAAAGAAAUCGAACAAAACAGUAUCGUGCUUGCGGAAAGCUAAUGGUCAAUCUACUACUUGUCCUAAAGAGACUGCCAAGUUAGUUAUGGAGUUGUUUGCGUCCUUUUUUGCCAGGGAGAAAGCUUGUCUGUUCCUGUAAUGAUGACUUUACUCAGGACACCUAUGAUUACUUCAUAGUAGAUGAUUUCCAAAAAGUUGACAGGUUUCAACAGGAGUGACACAUGCUUGCAAAAAAACGCUAACACUGAUUAUUUUAAAUAAAUCUCUCUUUUUUUCUGAUUGGCUAAAAGCUCAUAAUAAACUGAUAGCAACCAAAAUCAUACUCAGCUCAUCCAAUGAUAAUAUAUAUAUAUUUUUGUAGGAUUCUGUGUUUGAUGGAACUUACCAGUAUUUUUUGUUGUUGUUUGUGCAGAUCAGUUCAAAUGGAAGUCGGUGAUAAAGGCAGUGUUAAGACAAGCUCCAGAUCAGGAGUUACCGAUCAAAAGGUUGAGGAAAAAGGUACACCCUUAUGAGUAACCAAAGUCAAAAUAUGAGAAAUUUCAUAAUAAUAUUAUUAUAACACACUGCAUUUGUAAGGAUAUUGCUCAUGUGAUUGGUCAUACAGGCUGUCACUUUUACAAGGUGGCAAGUCAAUAGAUUUUAACCUUAUGUUAUUAUUGAUGACGACUAAGGUAAACUAUUGCCGGGUUUCAAACUUUAAAGGGCAGAGAUUUUCCAAACCUAGGGUUUGUCCCCAAUUAUUGCUACUGCAUCUCUUGCUAAAUUUGGCUAGCCUGUGAAUACAGCCAUAUCUCCUUGCUCCUCCCUACGAGGGACGUCCCUGGCAGCAAGGAGUAAAGGUGAUGUUACACGAAACGAUUCGCAACGACGAUUUUUACUGCAACUCAGCAUUGUGACAUUGUUUCGAAUGGUUACAACAUUGUUCCAGCAUUGCAAUGCUGUGUUGAGCUAAAAAUCGUCGUUGCGAAUCAUCUCGUGUAGCAUCACCUUAAGGAGAGACGGCUGUAUUCAGAGGCUAAUAAUCUCAUAUAGACCUGAUACACCUAUAACUGAUUUGAGUUGAGGAGUGUUAGCCAGGCCAAAAUUAAUUUGUAGUGUACUGGAUCAAAGAAAAAAGGUAAGAAACCAAGAGGUCUGUUAGCCUGCGAAAACAGCCGUUUAUCCUUUUUCCUUGCUGCUGAGGACCUUUCUCAAGGAGGAACGUCUGCGACUUAGGGACAGAAAUUCCAUACUGAUGACGUAAAAUCUGUCCGGAAUCCGGUCAUAAGGGGUGAUUGGACGAUGGAGUAGUCACAUUGUUUUAGGUAUACAAAAGGCUGCAAAGGUCAAAUGUAAAUGCGAUGAAUCUAUAGCAAAACAGUGAAUAUUUGUGGAAUAUAUUCUUCUCUAGAAGAAGUAUUUGAGUUUUGCUGGAGCUCGUUCACAGAUGAACACACCACCACCAAAUCGACCAGGAGAAACGUAUAAUUGAACAAACAUUUGUUACCCCUUGACUACUGGAUUUACAUGUAUUAUGUAAACGUUGAUUUACGUCAUAAGUAUGGAAUUUCUGUCACUGACUCGCAGACGUCUACUUAAUGUCUAGGCCCUUGUCCCUGCUGUGAUGACUUAACUUAGGACACCUAUGAUCACCUUACAAAGGAUGAUUUCAAACAAGUUAACAGAUCUGAGCAGGGAAAAGUAGACAUUUAAGAUGUAAAUUAUGUGUUAGCACAUUUCUAAACAAUGUUUUCGAUUUUUUUUAGGUUCUGGCAGAAUUUCAAGCAAAAGGAACAAAUGAGAAAAAUCUGACUGAAAACGAGCUGCGAGCUUUGUUUCAGAAGAAAGUUUCAAGCAAUCCAAAAUUUAAAGUUCACAAGGAUAGAGUUAGACUUGUCAAAUAA